UUGUUGUUCCAGUUUACGUCAGCGCUUCGGUCGUGGAAGAUGAGAUUGGUCGGUAGGUCCUCGCGCGCGCGUUCCGGACACGAUUUUUGAGGGGUUCCCUCUUCUAGCAGCAUCCAGCAGCGGCGGGUCUAGCAGUAGAAGACACACUGUAAUCUGGAGCUCCUCGCUAGUGCUUGUGCGACCAGAAUUCUCUGAAGGUGGUGUAGUGGUCGAACACCUUUUGUGCAGGGAGCAGCACAACACUGAGCAGAUAGGGGGCAUCGCCGCAGCAUCCGUCGCUGGAUGAAGAUUUCCAGUUUUGGAGAGCAGGCUCGUGUUAUUGUGUGACCGCCGGUGUGUGGGGGUCCUGGUAUUGGUGUGUUCUGCUGGUAGGAAGAAGGCUGAAGAAGCGUGUGGUAGAUAGUACGGAGCGAGUUAGUCGGUUGUAACCCAACAAAAAAAAAAAAAAACAACCUACCGCGCGUGGUUCAACCAGAUUUUGGUCCAAUAAUUUACAGUUAUCGACCGCGGCGCGCGAGAAGGGAAAUUGGAUUAACCUUGGCGAAACACGCGCGAACGCGAUUCAAAGAGGUUCGCAAAGAAGAAGAGCCUGCAGGAAGGAUUGGCGAGAGAGAGAGAGAUUGCACAAGCAGGCGACCGAAUCAACACAGAACCGGUCAAGACAAGAUCGAUUUGUGGUCGGUCGCAGUUGGCGCGUGUGUGUGUGUGUUGCGGCCCGAAACAAGUUCUUUGUUUAUGUUUUGAGCAUCUCCAGAACGUGCUCACGGCUGUGGCUGUGUGGUGUGGCACCUUAACCGGUUAAGGUGAAAGGAGAAAUGUCAGCGCGGCGCGCUGAAAAGUGAAAAGAAGGUUUCCGAGGCUUGUGUUAAAUCCCGUAUUUCUUUUUUAUUCUCACUUCUGUUUACCGCCAGUUCCUUUCCUUUCUCGUGGCUUUGAUUUAUUUCGCGCCCGAAAACAUCGCAUCGCCGCAGAUAAAGAAAUUCGAGCAAAUCGUGGGGUUCUUCAGUUGUGUCCCGUAAAUUUUAUGUUCGGUCUCAAAGUCGCAAGAAAAUGUCGUGAAAAAAGCAUGUAAAAAGUCGCAAAUUCCCAAAGUGCAAAAAGGAUUACGGCCAAAGGCGCAAGGAGGUUUUGAAGGAGGUGAGCGCGAAGCGAAGAGAAGCGCAAAGCGAAGGAAGAGAGAAGGUGAAGGAGUGAAGAAGGUGAAGCAUGUGAAUCGAUAUUCGGGGGUUUUGUUGUGUUGUGUUUGUUUUGAAGUGAAAAUAAAGCAAAGAAAAUUGGAAGUUCUUCCUGAAGGAAGGGGAAGUUGAGAGAAGGAAGAAGGAAGAGUAAGGAGCAGGACAGUUUCGGCGGCGAUAACGAGCAACGGGAGGAUUUUCGACGAAGUCGACGGGAGCAAUAAAGUGCAGCGCCGCCGCCGCAGCCAACGACGGCCUCACGAACCGAAAUGUGAGAAUGUAAACACAGAAACCGAGAGGAACCACCACAAAAGAGCAAUAAAACGCCCAUUUGAGAGGAAGAAGUCGACGCGCGACCCCGCGGGUGAAGAAGUUUAAUGACAGGUCCCGCACGAGGUCUGUCGGUGUGUAACGUGUGUGUGUGUGUGUGUUCGUCGUUCUGCAUGUGAAAAAUAAAGCCAGAAUGUAAGCGCGUCCAGAAAUGAGAGCCGAACGACGACGACCGGCGGGUACAGUUUUAAUUAAACGUAGGUUUUUUGCACGAGCAAAAUAAAAAGAAAAGUAUAUCUACACAUCGUGAUCGUAAAAAGAGUUGCACAAACGUGAGGUCUCGGCGUUUCGGGCCGACCGACAAGAAGAUAGAAAGAAGUCAAGCGCAGGACGCAGCCAUGGCGGUCAGCAACAUUGUCUGCGAGUGGCUGCGUGCCCUCGGGCUGGGCCAGUACGCCGAGAGCUUCCUGGACAACGGGUACGACGAUCUGGAGAUCUGCAAGCAGGUCGGCGAUCCGGACCUGGACGCGAUCGGGGUCCAGAACGCGCAGCACCGGAGCAAGCUGCUCAAGAGUGUGCGGCUGCUGCGCGAGAAGGGCGCCGCCAGUGUGUACUUCCAGCUGAACGACCCCAAGUCGCUGCUGGCGGACAACAGCCUGGACAGCCUGGAGCGGGACCCGUCCCCGCUGUUGCUGAGCGAGGUGGAGGCGCUGCUGCAGGAGCAGCUGAAGGCGGACGGCGUCUGCCUGACGGCGCACCCGUACUCGACACCGGACGGCAGCCGGGGCCACCUGGAGGGGCUCGCCUCGGUGUACUGCGAGAUGCUGAUGGCCCCGUUCGGCGAGGUGCUGGCCGCGCUCGAGGAAGCCCGGUUGCGGGCCUGGUCCGAGCGCAGCCCGCACAGCUCGUCCGGGGGCAGUGGCGUGCACCGGGCCGGCCACCGGGGGAACUCGUGCCACGGCGGGCUCCCGAACAGCCACAGCCAGCCGAUCUACGUACCGGGGAAGUACUCGCCAUCCAGCUGUCUGUCCGACAAGGAGGAGGACGAAAUUUAUGGCUUCGGCUACGGUGUGUUUGCCCCCAGGGUUGCCAGAACGACACUGCAGCACCAGCAACAACAACUAUCACAGUCCCAGCAAAGCCAAAGUCAGCAACAAUCACAAAACUCCACCUCCAGCAGCACCAGCACCAACACCACCAACACCACCAAUGUACCUGCGAACAGUGCUGGCGUACAGCAAAGCUGUCUCAGUCCACGUUCGGCGUAUUUCUACGAAUUUCCACCUACAGAUGGCCGCGAGACGAGCAAAAAGCGCACCACGCUGGCGCGACUCCUGAGAGGAUUAAAGACUGUUAAUCGACGUGAUAGAUCGAAUCAAAACAACGGCGGCUCCGGUGCCAACGCGAGCGGCGGUGUUGGCGGCGGCCCCGGAACCGCGACGCAGGCCAGGCCGCAGAACGAAAGACUGAGACAUUUUCAAAUGAACGGCGGCGCUGGUGGACCACAGCCCAGCUUCGAGGAAACCAUCCAGCGGCUGAAAAUUCAAGAAGCACUUAGGAAAAAGGAAAAGUUUCAACGCGAGCACGAAGAGAUUCUACGGGACAUCCGACAGGGACUGCUGCAGCUCAGCCGAGAUUCUAGAGACGACACCUACAUGUACGACGACGCGGUUACCAGCGUAAUGCGGAUGCCCCACCAGGGCCACUGGUACGACGAGCCGCCCUACGAGAGCGACCCGGACGACUUUCUGAUGUCUGGCAUGCGGCACGGAGGCGGCCCCUCGGCCACGAUACAAGGUGGCCGCGUCUGCUACACCACGAACGGACGGGACGGCCAGGGCGUGAUAUCGCUCCGGUCCGCCGGGGACAUCUCGAUACCGCAGCGGGGGCCAGCGAUCCGGCGGGGCCUGAUCGUGCCCCAGCAACCUCCGAACCCACCGACCAUCAUCCCGCUCAAGCACGCGAGAUCCCACGACCGGGAAAGCGGAGACUACGCCGGAUCGAUAUCGGAUUUGCACAGCGUUACCUCCCGGCUCAGCCAGGUGUCGAUCGGCACCAACAACUGCACCGCCCGGUACCGAACGCUGAGCGGUGGCAUGGGUGACGAGUCCCCGUCGCCCUCGCCCACCCCCUCGUCCGAGUACGACGACAUCCUGCUGCAGAAGCAACUCCAGCAUCACCACCUGCACCAGCUGGGCCCGCACAGCGGUCUGCUCAGCGGCCAGCAAUCCGGCGGAACGAGCAACGGGGGGCCGGGGAGUGGCGCCGGGACCGGGCCCGGAUCGAACGGCAUCGGAACCGGUCCCGGGAGUACCGGUUCCGGCAGUAACGGAGGUGGUUCCUCCGGUGGUGGAACCGGAGCAGGACCAGGAGGACUGGGAGGCGGUGGUGGCGGCGGUAGUACAAAGAAUGGAGUCCACAAUCUCAAGAACCUGAAGGCGGCCAAGAAUCGGAACAAUCUGUCAUCGUCCCUGGCGGCGGCGACGGCGGCGGCAGCAGCGCACAAUAAGAAUUUAACGAUAAGUCAACAAAUAGCUUUAGUACAUCAUUCCAAUGACGCUAGGACAUCACCAAAGGAUCAUCUGCUGAUGGGCGGCGGCAGUCGGAACAACCGGGACUACAGCAACUGCCUGGACAGCAUCAGCGACCAGACCACGUUCCAGCACUCGGCCAGUUCCGUCGAGAGUUUGCCGAGCGCGUCCGGUUCGAGCACGCAAGCCCUGGUCCGACCAGGCAGUCCGCACAGUUCGCUGUCGGCGGAGGACCGCACAACAAUGAUUCCGAUCUGCCGGGCGAUCGCCCUCAUCGACAGCAAUCCCAACCCGUACGAUAAGGAAGCACUUAGGUUUAAGAAAGGCGACAUCAUCGACGUGCUCGCGAUGAACGCGUCGGGGGUGUGGCGGGGGUACGCCAACGGGCGCCUCGGCCACUUUAAGUUUAUCAGCGUGGAGGUGCUGCCGGACCAUCCGGUGAAGCCGUACCUGCACAGCUCGGGCAAGCUGAUCGGCCGGAGUCGACUGCCGACGAGUUGUCCGACGAGCGUGGAGGAGCUGCUGCUGCGGAUAGGACUGAAGGAGUACACCUCGGUGUUUGUGCUCAAUGGAUACGAAGAUCUGGAGCUGUUCAAGGAGCUGGAACCGUCCGACCUAGAUUAUCUGGGGAUCGGGAACACCGAGCAUCGUGCCAAAAUACUGGCAGCAGUGCAACUGUUGCAUGAUCUUGACUCAACAUCCGACGGCGAGGUGGCCGGUUCGAGCUCCGAAAACGACGAAGGCCUCCGGCUGAGCCACGUCAAGGGUGGCGGCAGCGGCGGAUCGUCCAGCUCCCACCUGCCUCACCACCACAGCCAAAGCGGUCACCUGCACCAGCAGACGUCUCCUUUUGGCCGGCGGCACUUCCCUCGGGAUUCGGGCUGUUACGAGGGUUCCCCGGUGCCGUCAUCCCAGAACAACCUUGGCAGCCAUCAUCACCUGAAUAGUCACCAUCUGAACAGUGGGAGUUCCGGAACUGGGAGCACCAACACCCAGACGACCAACAGUUCCGCGUCGGACAACGACACCAACAACCUGGACUCGGUCGUGGCCCAGUGCUCGAGCGAGAUUCUGAAGCGGGUCGAGCGGGCGAACAAGUUUGGAGCGGGGACCGGGCCCGGAAGUGGAGUCAAAACGAUGAACCGGGUCACGAAGAAGGGUGGGCUGUUGGGUGGGGGUGGUUCCGGCGGUGGCAUCGGGGACGAUCUGACCAUCCGGAGUAGCAGCGGUGGGGGUGGGAAUGGUUCCGUUGGAGGGCGGGGAGGAGGAGGAGGCGGGGUGCCCUCAGUGAAAAGAGCAGCGAUUCCGGCGUCAGCAGCAGCAGUUUGUCGUCGGGGCCGAUCAAGAACAAUCUUUAGCGGCCAUUUUCGGCGGCGUUUGGGCGGGUCGUGGCGACCGGGGAAGGGUGAGAAGGAGCGGUAGAGAAGUUUAGUGAAAACGGUUUUUGAAAGGCGUGUUUUGUUUUUGUAAGGCGUAUUUUUAAUUCUAGAUAAACUCUUAUUAACGAAGAAGCACACUGCCAAAUAAUAAUUAGACGAGGAAAGGAAAGAUGAACAGUGAUGGGAUGUGACGGAUUGAUAAGUGUUAGGUGAGAAAGGGCACGGAAGAAGGUGAAAUGGUGGAAAGCACCAACAAGUCGAAAAGUUUGUGAUUGUUAUUAAGGGUGAGAUAUGCACGAGGAGUCGUUUGGAGGGUGCCGAAUGAUGUUUGGUAACCAAAUGGACGAGCUUCGAAUAAAACAAUAAUAUAGGUAAAGGUGAUCGUUUCUUUCUCAACAA